UCCAUCUUGAAUUUUCUUUUCUCUUACUAUGAACCCUUAGGGGACUGUUUCAAAAGCUUGUGUCUCUUUUACCACUUCAGAAUUUAAAACAUUUUUUUUGUGGUCAAUUUAGUCUUUGAAAACAUAAUUAUUUAAUUAAUGGAACAAGUAUUAUUUUCGGUUAUGAAACUGAUUUAAAUAUUUGGCAUUCAUGAGCAAUUUUUUCAGCUAGCUAUGCUUUUGAGACAGCCCCUGUAGUAUAUUCCCUGCUAAGAUAUGUUAUCUUUCAUUGAUUGGGUGUGUUUAGUGUUAACUGAUAGCAUGCUGUAGGUAUUUAAGAGGCUCCAUUUAGUUUAUUGAAACUCAUUAUGAUAUCGUCCUUAAGGCUGAAAAAAGAGUGUUUUCUUGAUUAUCAGUCAUACUGCAGCAGAAAAACGCCAUUAUGUAUCUAAAUACUGUUUUUGUACUAAUUUUGACCAUGACUAGCACUUAACAAUGAAAAUGUUUGGGUUUUUUGUAAGACAGUGCUUGAGAACCAGUGUGUUUAUGUGUUUAUCCUAAGUUAGAUAAAAAGUAAGGUGUUGACAAAUAGUCACUGUGGUGGUUAUGCUCAGGUUAGGUGAAGGUGUUCCUAUAGAUAUAAAGCAUUUUAAAGUGGAUUCAAAUGUGCAACACAUACAGCAGUAGUCAAAAUAGACCUAAAUUUGCACGAGGUGUGUCAGACAAACACACUCCUCAGAACAGGUGUGUCGGACAAACACACUCCUCAGAACAGGUGUGUCAGACAAACACACUCCUCAGAACAGGUGUGUCGGACAAACACGAACACACACCCCAGAACAGGUGUCAGACAAACACACACCCCAGAACAGGUGUGUCAGACAAACACGAACACACACCCCAGAACAGGUGUCAGACAAACACACUCCUCAGAACAGGUGUGUCGGACAAACACACUCCUCAGAACAGGUGUGUCAGACAAACACACUCCUCAGAACAGGUGUGUCGGACAAACACACUCCUCAGAACAGGUGUGUCGGACAAACACAAACACACAUCCCAGAACAGGUGUGUCGGACAAACACACUCCUCAGAACAGGUGUGUCAGACAAACACACUCCUCAGAACAGGUGUGUCAGACAAACACAAACACACUCCUCAGAACAGGUGUGUCGGACAAACACACUCCUCAGAACAGGUGUGUCAGACAAACACAAACACACUCCUCAGAACAGGUGUGUCGGACAAACACACUCCUCAGAACAGGUGUGUCAGACAAACACAAACACACAUCCCAGAACAGGUGUGUCGGACAAACACACUCCUCAGAACAGGUGUGUCAGACAAACACACUCCUCAGAACAGGUGUAUCAGACAAACACAAACACACACCGCAGAACAGGUGCAUCAGACAAACACCCAAGAACAGGUGUAUCAGACAAACACAAACACACACCGCAGAACAGACAUAAAUUUGCAUGAACCCAUGCGGAUUCCUCGUGUGAAUAAGGAUCUCAAGUAACCCAUGUUUGUUCGUAAGAUUGUUUGUUUGUUUGUUUGUUUUUUAACGCCACACAGCAAUAUUCCAGCUAUUUGAUGGCGGUCUGUAAAUAAUC